AUGUCUCGGUGGAGAUACGCUUUCAGUCUGUCGAAAGCAGAGGUAGCGGAGGCUGAACCGCCUGGCACGGUUCGACUAAUUGAGCACGAGAACAACGAUCACAUCGCCCUCAUCCCUCCGCCAACUCUCAACCCAGCCGACCCCCUCAACUGGCCACGAUGGCGAAAAUACGCAGUUCUACUCACCAUGUCCUUCUAUGCCCUCGCAGGGACAUUCGCCCAAGCAAAUAUAGCAUCUGCUCUACCCAUCAUCAUGUUCCAAUUGCCGCGAGCGGCUAAUACACCACCACCUGGCUAUGGCGAGCUCUCUCACCUCAUCGCGUACAACGUUCUGAUGAUCGGCUUGGGAAACAUUAUUUGGGUUCCUUGCUCAAAUAUCUUUGGCCGUCGCCCGGUCCUGAUCCUGGCGUUGGCAGUCACAGUCGGCGCGACGAUUUGGUGCGGCAAGGCAGACUCGUUCGACUCGCUCCUUGCUGCUAGGAUCGUCCAGGGAUUCGGAAUCGCACCAGCGGACAGCGUAGCUCCACAUGUGAUCGGAGAGUGUUUCUUCGUGCAUCAGCGAGGAAGAGCGAUAGCUUUCUAUAGCACCUUCCUCAGCGUCGGAUCCAUCCUUGGCGGUCUCGUCGGCGGAUAUAUCGCUGGCAACCUUGGCUAUCGUUAUCUCUUCUGGAUUGCUCUCGCUCCUCUGGCCUUCACCUUGGUGGCACAGAUUCUAUUUGUGCCGGAGACAAUCUUCGAUCGCCAAGGACAGAUGGAGCAAGAUCAAUUGCAAAAUACUACGAUAUUCGAAAAGGCGGAAGUGGAUACAGUCGAAAGGGUUUCAGAUGUCAGCCAUUCGUCAGAACAAGAGCACUUCACCUUUGCACGAAGCCUGCGAGUUGGCGUCUACCGUGGCCACAUCGUCAAGAACUUCCUGGCGCCAUGGAAAUCUCUUCUCUUCCCAGGCACAUGGCUUGUAUGUCUCCAUUAUGGCGGGAUCCUCGGCGGUCUAGUAGCAACUGCAACUGUGGGCCCCCAGUUUCUUGCUGCUCCGCCAUAUCUAUGGGGGAACAAUGUCGGUUUGAUCAACGUUGGCGGUCUCGUCGGGGUCCUCAUUGGUGGUGCCUCUACCUACAUCAUCGUGGAUGUCCUCACCAAACGCUAUGCGAAGAGAGAUCGCACUGGACUUGCCGAACCGGAAGCACGUUUACCUAUCAUGUUUCCUGCUCUGAUCAUCGCAACAGCAGGAAUCUGGUGCUUCGGCUUUUCUGCUGGCAAUCCUGGAACUGGCGUGUGGGCAGGAAUGGUUGUUGGGUUGGGUAUGAUAUCUUACGCCCUCCUUUCGGUGCCCUCCGUGGGCUUCAGCUAUCUGAUCGACUCGUAUGGCCCAUUGGCAGCUGACGCUUUUGUUAUGACAACGAUAGCCCGAGGAGUCGUCUCCUUUGCCUACAGUUUCUUUGUGAGCAACUGGGUGAUGAGCGCUGGGCCAGAGAUACCUUUUGGCGUAUUCGGUGGGAUACUGGGUCUUUUUACCAUUUUGACUGUGCCUGUUUGGCUGUUCGGAAAGAGGAUGCGAAUUGCCACGGCUGGCUUGCUACCUUCCAUGGCAUAGUUCUGUUUGCUAGGAAUUAAAGCUGUACUUCAGACGCGAUCUGUCGAGCCAUUUCGGGUUAAGACCGGAGGCAA